AUGAUGAACGAUACAAGCGUUACAUUAAGUACUAUAAAACUAGUACAAUUGGGAUUUAACAGUGGCGAAUAUCGUUAUAUAAGAUGCUUAUUGCUAUUGAUACCGAAGAUUCGAAUAUUACACAUUAAUGAACAAUUACUGUUAAAUAUAAAAGAUCAAUUACUUAGCGAUCACCAGUUACGGCAAUCAAGAUGUAAUAAAGUAAAACAGUUAACAAUGUUUCGUCAUGAUCAAAAUGAUGUAAUUAAUAAUGUCAAUAUUGAUAAAAUUAAAGUUAUAUUUCCAAACGCAAUAAUUAUUAAAGAAGAAAAGAGUAGAAAUACGUAA